CGUGGGGGCGCGCGAUCUUUCCACUCUGAAUUUGGUCCGUUCGUACAACCGAGUUCCAGGGAAUGUUUCCAUUCUUAGGAGUAAUUUAAUGUGAUUUUUUUUUUCCUUUCGAAAAAAACGUUUAAUUUUUUUUUUGAACAAUUUGACGUUGUGAGAGAGUGAAAGUUUAGGAGCUUUUUCAAUGGAAACAGAUUAUCUUACCUGGUGAAGACAGAAUUGAAUCUACGAGGAGAUCAAUGUGGUGAAUGGGAUCGGAUUGGCAAGAAAACAUUAAAUUUUGAAGAAAAAUGGGGACCGAGGGUAUCCACACGAAAACGGGGUCACCAAAAAUAAGGAAACAUGCGAAAUAGUUAAAAACCAGUUCAUCGUUUUGGUGCCCGCAAGCCCAUCUGGAGUGGGUUGAAUCGCGUGGCUGUUAGUCGAGACGUCGAAAUAAAGGAAUCGGCCCGAAUUAGUUUUUCUUCUACGCUAUUUUUUUAAAAUACCGAACACUAUUCUCGCCUCCGUUGAGAUUGAAGACCACGCUGAAGAUGGCAAAAAACUGUGUUUGGUGUUACGAUCUGGUCGAUUUAAGUGGAAAAAGGAUCUCGAUUGAACACCCACUUAUUUUCGUAAUCGCGAAAUGGGAUGACAAAUAAAAAAUCUAAAUAAAAAUCAUUUUGUCUUGUUCGCUAAUAAAUAGACAAAGUGAAAUCAUUCGAAGGAACGUUAAAUUGACAAUUACAUCAAAAUUUUAAAUAUCAAUGAGAAGUUUAAAGUCAAAAUAAAUUAAAUAAUGUAAAAUAAGAAAGAAUUUUUCAACGAAUAUUCAAAAGUGAAUUUCAAAUAUGAUACUUGUGCGGGAGUGUCAGUUGAUUGCGUGAUAAAAAAUUCGAAAUUUCUGCUACGAGUUAACGCGAGACUAUAUUCACAUGAAUAUGUAAGUGGUCAAGGUGACGCGGGGCUUUGCCCCAAGCCGUAGAUUUGAAUUUGCAUAAAGUAGGUUCGCGAAAAAGCAGAGAUAAAUAAAAUAAGAAAAUUAUUGAUUCCGCAGAGCUGUUUACUGAAUGAACGAACGAAUGAAUAGUAGAAAAAGGGCAACGAAGAAGAAUUGAAAACUACGUUGAAAUAAAGCGACGAAAAGAAAAAGAAAUUCGCCUCUUUCAAGAGUCGCUGCGAACCAAGACAAGGCGAAAAAUAUAAAAAUCGUGAUGCAGUCACUCGAGGAGCUUUACUUUCCAACAGCUUAUCCGUUGAAUACGAGCUUUCAAUGGUACGAAAAUUUAACCAACGGAAACUACACAAACUCAAGUGACAGCCAAAUCGGUAAUCAAUUUAUUCUACCCUGGUGGCGACAAAUGAUAUGGACAGUAUUGUUCGUCGGUAUGAUAGCCGUGGCUACAGGUGGAAAUCUCAUUGUCAUAUGGAUCGUUAUGGCCCACAAACGAAUGCGAACAGUGACGAAUUACUUUUUGGUUAAUCUCAGCAUCGCCGAUGCUAUGGUAUCAACUCUCAAUGUCACCUUCAAUUACACUUACAUGCUGAACAGCCACUGGACUUUCGGCAAUCUUUAUUGCAAAAUCAGCCAAUUCAUCGCCGUUCUCACCAUCUGCGCGAGUGUUUUUACCCUCAUGGCCAUCUCCAUUGACAGGUACAUGGCAAUAAUGAAUCCACUGAGACCUCGAAUGGGGAAACGAGCCACACUCUGCAUCGCUGUCGCAAUUUGGAUCGUUGGAGCCAUCCUCUCGCUGCCCAUGCCCAUAUUUUUCACAACUUACACACAAAACUUUCCCAAUGGUGAGGUCCGAGUGAUAUGUUACAGUGACUGGCCCAACAGAAGUGAUGACGGUCUAAGUUAUGACGAAUAUCUAUACAACGUCAUUUUUAUGAUCCUCACUUAUUUUCUGCCCAUCGGUUCGAUGACGUUCACUUAUGCCAGGGUAGGCCUCGAACUUUGGGGUUCACAGAGCAUUGGCGAAGCAACCCAGAGACAACUGGACAACAUAAGAAGCAAACGAAGGGUCGUCAAAAUGAUGAUAGUAGUGGUGGUCAUAUUCGCAGUGUGCUGGCUACCCUUCCACGUCUAUUUCAUAGUGACCUCUUAUCUACCGGAAAUCACGAACGAGCCAUACAUACAGGAAUUGUUUCUCGCUAUAUAUUGGCUCGCAAUGUCCAACAGCAUGUAUAAUCCGAUUAUUUAUUGCUGGAUGAAUUCAAGGUUCCGACGAGGUUUUGCUCAAUUCUUUUCUUGGUGUCCAGGGGUCCACGUGACCCCCGAGCCAUCGCUCUCGCGUUCGGAGGCAGUUACGUCACGUUACAGCUGCACCGGUAGUCCGGAUGCCCAUACGAGGAUAUCGCGCAAUGGCACGGUGCGGAUACCGCUGCACUUGCAACCCUCCAGAGGAAUCAGCCCGACAGUCGAUCAUUUUCCGGUGCACCAUCGUGGUCAUGGUAGACGUUGGAGAACGUCUCAACCACGUGGUCACGUUUCCUGACAAGAGGAGGACGCGUCACAGCAGCGAGUUCACACCUGGAUUUGAGCGAAUCAUGCCGCUCGGUUAUGAGAACGAAUAUUGGGGAGAAAAAAAUCAACGGGCUCUUCAAGUGCGCAUAAUUAUCGAGUUUAUGACGAAUUUCGCGUUACGAUAUCGGUUAAACGAAACGAUAAAAAUUGCGCGAACAAAAGAUGCAGCCUGAACGAAAAAUCAGGGCGAUGAAAAGCUCCUAAACUAGCAUUAUCAUUAAUGUCCAAGAUUCGCAAAUUUUCCAUCGUUUUUCUCGAUGAUAAAGAGAAAAAUGACUCUCCAACAGUCGUGAAAUAUUUGAUCAAUUGUCCGACUAUCGUUGGGGCUAUCGAGCAAUUUGAAGAACGAAUAACUGGCCAAUUCCAAAGAUUUUCAGUGCUUCGAAAUUUGACACGUCAGUACUGACAUCCCUCCCUAUGAAUUAUUCAGUUUUCAACUCUACUCCAAACAUAUUCCAACCAAACGAACAAAGAAGUUUGCAAUAGGAAUUGCAUGAAGUUUGUCAGAGACUCGAAAACAAAUUCUUUCCCAUUUCCUCUUCCAGUUUCCAUUCUGAUCCAAUGAAUCAAACUUUGUGUUUUAUUGAGCUUGACGAUCCAAUCAUCGAUUGAUCACUCGUCGCUGGUGACGUCAGAAUAUUGAAUUCCCUCCUCGAAUGAACGAAUGUAGAACAUUCAAUUUGUAAAAAGUAAAAUUGUAUUCGAACUUCAUUGGGAAUUCAAUCUUUAAGAGUUUACGAAAUAUUUUCAUUUAAACUAUUCUUAAUUGUAGAAAAACAACAAUUUAAACUUCACUGUAUCUCUUUAAUCACGGUGAAAAAAAAUCACUGAAAGACAAAAGGACCAAUGAUCUAGAAAAUGCGUAAUGGAUAACAUAAUUUUCCAAAUCUCAUGAAAUUCAAAGUCUUUUUUAAAGAAACAAAAUAAGAAAUUGCAUAAAAUUCAAGCUUUCGCAGAUCACUACAAUUAGGUGAGAAUUGAAAAAGUAAAUGAAUUAAUUUGCAUCGAUGCACUGAGUUUAUCGAUCGAUGGAAAAAAAACAAUCAAUGUUAGAAAUUUAUCGGAAGCCUAGUGCUGUGAAUUUCCACUCAAGAUAUGUAAUAAAAAAUGGAAAAUUAUUCAAAACAAAUUACUGUAAAUAUAAUGGCGAGUCAAGAGGGUAAAAAAGACAUUUUUUUCUAAACUGGCACUUUAAUAUAAAUGUUCUGAAAUGAAAUGCUAGAGUGACACAGGGAAUUAAGAAUUACGAGUUUGAAAACGAUUUUUGUUUUUAUCAUAACCAUUAUUUACUUUGAUAUUCGUGAUGGUCAAUUCUACAUGCACCAUUGAUUUCUGUCCUCAAGAACCCUGCGUGUUGUUCGUCAAAAUAUUAUAAGUAUGAAUGUAUGAGUGUGUAAUACUAAUGACGAUUUCUCAUCGAGUUUCGCGAGCUCAAAAUUCUUUGACAACAUCGAGAAAUAAACGUUCGGGGUAUUUUUUAUUGAGUCGAUCGAUAAACUUUUGAUCGCUUUGUGCCAAAUUUCGUUGUGAAAAACAUCAAUCAUCGCAUUUUUAGUAAAAAUUAAUAAAUUGCUGUAUCGCAUUAUCGAAAGGGACAAAAAAUUGUGUAAUUAUUCGCUAACUGUGACCAUGAUCGAUGGUUAUCAACGUAUUGAAGAUGGAAUCUAUCAAGAUUAACAUUACGAUACUCUGGGAAAACCAAAACGCUUUUUAACUGAUAAAUAAUGUGUACGUGUACAAACUCACUGCACUGAAUGUUAUACAUUAGACUAAAUUUAUAUUUAAACUGCGAUGGACUUGUCGAAAUGUAAUUUAUUUGUAAGAUAACUGUAAAGGCGUGUGUAAGUCGAGAUUAAAGUCAUGAGAUCGGUCGAAUGAACGUGACGAAAAUAAUUUCUGUCACAGAAAUUACGUGCUGGUUAUACGCUAUGAGGGAAUUUUCAGCUCUGAGUGUAAAAAUAAUUUUAUACUGUAUUUCAUCGAACAGAAUUUUGCUAUUCAAUUCCUAGCAACAAUUUUCGAUAACGUUGGAGAUUUCAUUAAAUUUUGAAGGUUAUCAAAGCCAAUUGAAAAUUGCACUCAAGUUCGAAUGUGACUCGUUGCUCGAUUCGUGCACAAGAUUCAAAUGUCAUUUCGUCUUGAGUUCAAAAUAAAUCGACGAAUUUCAAAUUUAUUUUAACUUUCAUUUGCAUUUGAAUUCCAGCCUUGAUGCACGUAACUGAUCAACUGGUGUUCAUGCACCAAAACAAAUAAAGUUGCAACCUAAAAAAUUGAGGGGAUUCCAGUCUUGUUGUUGGUUUCAGGCAUUGAUCGAAUUUGGAUGAAUCUCACAAAGAAUGCUUAAUACCGUACUUAAGUUGAUGUUACAGUCUGCUCAUUCAGAUUUCAACGAAAAAAUUGUUGUAAUGAACUUUCGACCUAACAAAACUUCCUGGUCUACGGAGUAACUCGAGGUUUUUGUACCUGAAGAGCAAAAUUUUAUUAGAAUUACAAGUUAAGUAUGAAUUUUCCUUUCUAAUCGUGGCAUUUAAAAUAAAGUUAAUUUAUUUUGUACAUACAUGUUUUUAAAACAUAAUUUAACAACCGCAUUUGGUUGAAUGGUGAAGAAUAAUGUGCUUUUCUAUUAUCAUUUUGAAUGUGUACUUCGGAAAUGUGGGUAUUUAACAAACAAUAAGAAUCGUCGUAAGUGUGAAUGAAGAAAGCGAAGGAAAAGCAUUAAAGUCAAAAGACUUCUGCACUAAAUUUAAAAUUAGCAUUGUUCAGAUGAAAGCGAAAGAAUAAUUCGGAAAAAGAGGCAAAUAGUAAGAGGCCAGAAAAAUCAUAAUUCAAUGUUUUACGAGUGGAAAGAUAAUCCAUUUUCCCAUAAACGAUGAAAAACUUCACGAUCCUCGUUCUGUGUGAUGUUUUACGACGUGAAAAAUAAAAGAACAAUGAUGAAGAUAGAGUUCGUUAAAUCCGUAAUCACCAAAUGUCGUAAUACUCUGCUAUGACUGUAUCUUGGAUGAUGCAUCAAUAAAACACCUUAUUUUUCA